UGGAUUCACUUGAAGUAUUUCUACCAGACAGCCAGUUUGAGCAGGCAUUCUCAUCCUUGAUUGAUCACAUUUUUAUAACCUAUGUGGUGGCGACUCGUGCGGCAUGCAUUCUGUUUAGCAGCGAUUCCACCAACUCACUGAUUAACACCAUACAAAUUUCCGCAACUCAGCCGGUCAUCUCGAUGUUCCUGAACUCCGCCGGUCGUUACGACCCCAGACUAACCGCCAACAUCGACAUGGGUUGCCAUGCUUUUGUCAUGGACCAAACGAAUGCAAUUUUCUUUCUGGACUCAUACACGAUUACUCACGAUCGUGCGACGAUCAGACAUCCCAACAAAACGCUGAUCAUAGUUCAGGAUCCCACCACCGAACAGGACCCCGAUUUCAAGGACCAUGUGCGAAAGCAUCCAGCGGUUCAGGAUAUCCCCCGGCUUCUACUGGUGGAACCACGCGGUGAUGAAAUUGACCUGUACACUCAUUGGUUCAAGGGAACCUCUGAAGAGGCCGCGGAAUUACUCUUUCUGGAUACGUAUUCCACGCGGAACGAAUCUUUCCUGUGGGAAGCGGAUCUGUUUCCUGACAAGACGAUGAACAUGGAGCGAAAAAUGUACCGGCUGGCAAGUUUUCGAUUGAUUCCGCAUUUUAUUUUCACACCGAUCUACGAUGAGCCUUGGAUAGCGUUGUACAAGAACCAGACGAUGCGAAUCGACGGAAUGGGUGGACUGGUGAUGGUCGAGUUUUGUGGCAAGUACAACUGCACGUGGGAUUUGCAAAUAGAUCAAGCCGGUGAAUGGGGUGUAAUCUACGACAACGGAACUGGCGAUGGCAUCAUUGGAACUGUGGCCGAACGGCGUGCGGAUGUCGGCGUAGGUUCCUUGUUGACAUGGCAAACCACUCACAAGUUUUUGGCUUUCACCGCAACUAUACGCAAGGUUGGAAUUUGUGGCUUCGCUCCCCGGCCUCGUUUACUUCCCCCAUGGCAAACCGUUAUCCUGGCAUUCGAACCCGAGGUAUGGUUGUACAUUGGCAUCAGUGUUGUAUGCUGCAUUGCGACCUACGCUUUGAUGGCAGGCUUUGAGACCCACGUCAAAACCAAGGGCGUUGGAUGGAACGCCAUGAAUGUAAUUGCGGUGUUUUUGUUUCAAGGAGCGGGAAUCCUAUAUCGAACUUUGCCCGAAUGUAUCCUGUCGAUUGCCUUGAUCGCUUUCACCAUCAAUGUGGGAAACAUAUUCGUGGGAAAGAAUGCUAGCCUAAGAACUUUUCCGCUAUUCGAGUCUCCCAUUGACACGGACGCGGAUAUAGCGAACCGAGAUAUAAUUUGGACCCAGACCCAUGAAGCGUGGGUACAUUCCCUUCUAUUGAGCCAGAAUCCCAUCGUCCAGAAAGUUGUUGCCAACUUUCGUGCCCAUGCCGUACCGGAAUUGCUAGUCCUAGCCAACCAGGGCCACGUUGCCUUCGGAGUCAGCAAGCUGAACUACGGUCACUACAUGAUCGGGACAUUCAUCACGGCUCAAAAUGUUCACCUCUACCGGUUGAUGAAGGAAGACCUGUACUUCGAGUACGAAGUAUCGAUGACGACCAAAACGUGGCCCCUGAUAGAUCGCCUCUCGGAUUUGAUUCUUCGGAUUGUGGCGUCCGGGAUUAGGGCCUACCAGGAACCGAUUGUUGCCAAACGGUACAUGGAUUAUGGAGUGCAGAUCAAAAUUUUUCAUUCACAGGACAAGGAAGAGGUUCCACCGCACGCAAUGGAAGUGGAGGAUUUGUUGUUAGCCUAUAUGGUGCUAGGAGUUGGGCUUUCUUUAGGGGUAGUGGCGUUUGCAGGGGAAUAUUUGUUUCAUUGGCACAUGGGAAGAAAACAGUCUUGGGCAGUGAAAGCGAAGUGAGAGAUACGUACAAAAAGAGCACAUAUCAUGUUAGACAAAAAUAAUAAAACUUCAAAACUUGUAGAGACUGCAAAAAAUGGAUGUAUCACGUGAAUUGCAUUUGUAGGCUUCAAAAUGAAGUGGUAUUUUAUGCACAUGAAUUGAAUGAGAGCAAUUAUCUGGUUUCAUGAUAUUUUUUUUAUCACUAUCUUCAUCAUGCAUUGACUGUUCGAUUUAAGUAAUUAGGUUCCUAAUUCUAUUCUCGAAAUCUUAUUUAGACACAAUAAAAUCGAAAUAGGGUAUGUGUUCCAUCAGUAAUCUCACGCUCCCAUAUUCAUCCUAUUCGAAAACAAGCAAUUACGGCACCGAUUGAUUCUGUUCUUUUUGUUUUCAUGGGUGCUCACUUCUAACAAAAAAUACAAAAAUAAGGAACAAAACAAACAACGCUUCAAUCCUUUGUUUUUCAUAGGAUGAAAAUGGGAGCCACAUGCUUAAUAAGGGAACUAAUACCCUACACGCUAACAAUAUCAAAAGCACUCAAACACGCACAUAAAAGACUGUUUUGGCCGUUAUUUGUUUUAUGAAGCGGAACUGCUAAGAAACGCUGAACUGUGAAACCGUAGCACAGUGUACAAUGGUCCGUGGGUGUCAGUGUACAAUGGUUCAAAUUGAAAACAAAAAUAUAUUUACGUCUAAACCAUUAGUUUAAGCUAUA